CCUGUAUAAAGGCUCCCAGUCUGCUGUGUCGCUAUUAGCAGAGUGACACAGCUGCCUUCCACAGCACCAGUGGCAAUAUUCCCCAAACCUGUGGAAUACUCGUCGGUCUAUCUGAGCGGGAAAACCAAGAGCUUUGUCAUCCCAGAGAGAAUUCGCAGGAGGGAAAAUGAAAGUCAUCUGGCAGGCCUUCCUCUAUUGCUGCCUGGUGGCCACAGCGGCACACUGUGCGGAACUCGAAGUGAAUCCCGAGUUAAAAAAGAGGCUCAGCAUACACAGGCUCGGGAGCAGACUCAGACGGGAUCCGGACAGCGACACCGCCAACUCCGAGCGCCUCGUCGGGCGAGAGGUCGUCGGGGAUACCUCGCUGCCACGUCCCGGCAGCGAGACCGGCGUGCGAACCAAGAGGUCCAAAAAUUCCGCCAAUCAGCCACGAAGACAGGGCUGCUCUCUGGGCACCUGCUCAGUGCACGACCUGGCGCACCGCCUGCACAUUCUCAACAGCAAGCUGAAGACCUGCAACGCCCCCACCUCCAAGCUCAGCCCGCACGGAUACGGCCGCAGACGCCGCGCCCUGCCGGCCCGUAGACUCGCGCUGAGGCUGGAGCAAGGCGAGCUGCUCAGGCCCGUGCGGAGCACCGCUGACUCCCAGGUCCACAAGCUGGAGGCUCUGCUCAGGCAGACAUGAACGGGACUUUGCGAGAAGCAAGAACAAGCCAAGCCGAGGGAGUCUCGGCGUCCGGGUGCUCUCCGCUCCGUUCUCAAAUUCUCCGAACGCCUCUCAGAUUUACCAAGUCUCCUCCAGGUCCGGGGACCAAGUCAGAGCAAAAUCUGGCCGCACUGAGUUUUCUUAAAGAGCCGAGCCGAGCCGAGCGAGCGAGCGAACGACUGCAAACACUGGAUAGAACGGCGCGGAGCCAGCGCAGGUGCCGCUCGCUCUCCGCUCGGCAGGGUGGGCCCCAAAGACUGUCGACUCUUCCCGAAGCAAAGCGAGCGCACGUCCUCCGGUGCCAAAGAGCGAGCGCUCGCCGUUCCUCCUCUGCUUUGAUAGAUAAGCGCUAAUUAGGCUGCAAGGAUAAAAAGCCGUGAGCACUUUUCCACUUGGACUCGAGCGAACCAUCAGCAGAAGAUGACGUGCGUCGCGGUGCCACAACAGGGGACAGCCCGCCCGCAGCAACUUUUGGCCGCUGUAUCGAGGAAAAGAAUUGUGGGAGUUGUGUGCCAGUCCACGAUGGAUGGAAAUAUACUUGAAGUUGCUAUUUGUACCGAAACACGUGCAAUCGAGAGUUUGAAAUACUGUCUAUGUAUAUAUGAAUUCAUCUAUUUAAUAUGAUCCAGAAGUUCCAUUUCGAUACUCAUAGAACUAUUUUUGUACAGAAAUUAAUAUACGGUAUAUGGGCAUUGUAUUUGUCAUUAUUCCUUUGCAGACUGUGGUCAUAUGAUUUGAUUUGCUAUAUUCUAGAUUUGCAAAUGUCUUCUAUUUUAUUCGUGUUCAAGCAAUCCUAUUGUCACGCAAUAAAGCUUUCGCAAGCAAAACCUUGA